AUGGCAGAGUUGGAAAAUGACGAGGUCAAUCACCAGCUUUGUGCCGUUGCUACAGAUGAAAUGUUCGAGUCCUGGUCGCCAGAGACGCAAAAAGCUGCUCUCACCGAAUGGAAUGACUGGCAAGAAGAAUCGGAGAAGUCGGGGUUAUGUUGUGAUGAAUGUGGUAAGACCUUUAAACAUGCAGGUAAUCUGAAACGGCACAAGAGAACUCACAGUGAGAAAGAAUACGAGUGUUCGCGUUGCCACAAGAAAUUUGACCGUAUGGUAUGAUAUGUAAAGUUUUGUAUUGAUAUAUAAACGAUAACAAGUAUAUGUAUAGACAUUGUGUAAUAUGUGUAGAUAUAUGCCGUUCCCUAAUAUUAUACUUCAUAUUCUUUUAAGGAUAAUCUGUAACGCCACAUGAAAACUCACAGCGAGAAAGAAUACGAGUGUUCGAAAUGUCACAAGAAAUUUGAUUGAAAGGUAAUUGAAAAGAGCUAUGUUGAGAUAUGUGUUGUAUAUUUCGAACUAUAGUGUGUUUAUUUAUUUUUCAAGGAUGACCUUACAAGACACAUGGAAAUGCACGAGCGACAUGGCGCGGAACGCGAAUAUACUUGUACUGUAUGUGGUGAAGUGUUUCAAAACAUAUUCCCAUUCCAAACACAUCAGCGCGAUGUCCAUCAAGUUGGCAGUGGGAAACAUACCAAGACUUCAACUCGGCGAGCGAAAAGGCAAAGAACUGAUGAAUCGGGUAAGUAUAAAUGAAAAUAUUUCGAUUACUAACUUUGUAUUUAAACAAGUCUUUUUCUUUUAAGAACCUACAAGAUCUUCGACACUGGUGAACGAAGGUAAGCAUUCGUUGUGUGUUUUCCGUUGCUAUGUAACAUUGUCAAACACCACUAAUACAUUUGUUCUCCUUUUCAGGAGCUUCCACGUCUGCUGUCGUCAACAAAG